AUGGCUUCCCCGGCAGAAACCUCCGUCACUUACGAGGAAUUGCGCGACCUCGAGAUCGAGUUCGAGGAUGUCGAGACUGAGAUCAUCCGCCAGCAGGUCCAGCUGUCCCGGCCCCUCUACGAGAAGCGCGAGAAGGUCGUAGCCCAGAUCCCCAACUUCUGGCCCUUGGUUUUCGAGCAGGCGCCCCAAGACAUUGACGAGUACAUCCAACCUCAAGACUCCGCUCUCUUGCUCUCAACCCUCAUCUCUUUCUCCGUCUCCCACUUCGAAAUCGAAAAUGGUGGCUCCGGGGACCCCCGUAGCGUCCUCUUCCGCUUCGAAUUCGCCGAGAACGAGUACUUCGAGGACAAGGUGUUGGAGAAGAAGUUCUGGUCGCGCAGAAGCAAGGGCGGCUGGACAGGAUUGGUCAGCGAGCCGGUGAACAUCAAGUGGAAGAAGGGCAAGGACCUUACGAGUGGCCUGCUCGGCUUAGUCAACGCCGUCUGGGAAGAGGAGAAGGUUGAUGGCAAGCAUUGGUCGACCGUCAAAAGCGAGAACUUCACGGACAAGCAAAAGGAGCUCAAGGACCAGAUCGAAAAGAUUGGGCUCGGAGGCCUCAGCUUCUUUGCCUGGUUCGGCUACAGGGGCAGGAGAGUCUCUGCCAAGGAGAGCGAGCUUGCCAUUGAGCAACUCAAAGCAAAGCGACAAGCCAGAAAGGCUGCCACAGAGGAUGGUAAGAGCCAGAAGGAGGAAGACGAGGAAGACGACGAGGAAGAUGAGGAGGAGGAGGAUGAGAUCGAGUUGGAGAUUUUCCCGGAUGGCGAUAGCCUCGCGCUUGCCCUCUCAGACGACCUGUGGCCCGGUGCUAUCAAGUACUUCACCCAAGCGCAAGAACAGGAGUUGGCGAGCGACGAUGACUUUGAAGAUGACGACGACGAUGAUGCUGAAGAGGAGGAUGAGGACGACGAUGCCGACGCCAGGCCGGCCAAGAAGCGCAAGGCGUAA